GCUUUGAUGGAGAAAGGUUGGAUGACGCCAGUGCUUGGAACGAGGACUGGGACUGUGAGACUGAGACUCCGAGAAGACUUGUCUGGAAGGUUUGACGAGCUAGAGCAUGCAUGGAACGGCACAGGGACAGGGCUUGGAAAAGCUUGGAUUUUGGUGAACAGGCAUACAGGGCUGGAAGGAUGGAAAGUUUUGUGGAGGCUGAAGUUUGGAUUUUGAUGCGACUGAGGUUGGAUAUGCUAUAGGACUGGCACAGGCACAGGGAUGAAAGGAUGGAAGGUUUUGUGGAGGAUCUCUUUUUCUCUGGAAGAAAGGAAGUUUGGAUUUUGAUGGGACUGAGGUGGAAGUGGUGAUGGAAAGCUUUGGGAAUAGUGGCGAAACGUGUAGAGCUUGAUCAUCGGGCAUCUCUCGCACUCACGCGAAAAGUUGGGAGGUUUUUUGGAAGUUCUUUCUACCUGGGAAAGCUUUUAUAGUCGCUGGAAAAGUCUGGACUUGAGAAGAGAUCUACUUUGAAGUCGUUUAUAUUGAAAGCUACGCAGAGCGAAGAAGAUGGACUCUGGAAAGUCCAGUCGUGGCGGUGAAAUUGUAAAUGAAUUUGGUGGCUGUGCUGUGCGGCCGGAUUAUAUAUCUUUAGCCGGGUCAAUCGCGCGCCUGGCACAAGUUCUAGUCAGGCUUUGGUUCCGCGCAGCAAAGCCACAGGGAAAGCAGUGGAAUCGAAUCUAAUCCACGCCAGCGCCAGUGAACGGAUCGAUCGUUGGAAAGGAAUUUUCUCUCUUUAAGCCGAGCCGAGAGGAAGGAGGAGGAGUGAAUGGAUCCAAGGAAUUUUUUCUCUUAAGGUCGAGAAAAGGAGGAAGAAGAAGAAGAGCUACCGUUGCGUGUGUGAGAGAGAGAGAGAGAGGGAGAGAGAGAGAGGGAGAGAGAGAGGGAGAAGUUUUCGUGGAAGACCCGCACGAACGAACGAAUCGCCGCUAGUAAAGCCCGGUCAAUGUGAGAGGAGAGGUGGUCGCGAUUUUAACUCUUCGUCUCUCGUGUGGGCGACUUUGCGCGAGAGAAAAGAGUGGGAAGAGAGGAAAAAAGGGCGAGAGACUCUUUCCGGGGGCGCUGGAAGUGGCGAGGCUCGAUCUUGGUUUCCUGGGCUGGAAGGAGUGAUCGAUAAUCGAUCGCUGGUGUUCCUCGCCAAUUGCGAUCGAUCGAUGAUCAUGGCGGUAGCGGCGACUUGCCCAUCGCCCACGCGAUUGCUGUGCUCGCUGGCAUCGUCGCCGGGCAAAUUCGCGUCGCCCUCUUCGCCGCUCUCGCCCAGGUCGUCGGCGGCGGCGGUGGUCAAGGAAGAGCUGCUCAUCGCGUCGAUCGGAGGCGGCGGCGACGGCGAUCCGGGGAUGAAAUCGCCCGCGCCGCCGGCGAGCUUGCUCAAGAGGAAGCGGCCGCCCAGGCUCGCCAUUCCCGCGUCGGAGAGGGAAUCUUCCACGGCGGAGGAGUGCGUGGACGACGAAUAUUCCGACCUCACGCACGCUGGCCAUGGCUAUGGCGUCGCGUGUAAGAAGGGGCGGCGCCAGAUCAUGGAGGACAGCUUCACGGCACUGCCCAAGCAGGGAUUCUUUGGCGUCUUCGAUGGCCAUGGCGGGCGCGCGGCGGCGAGAUUCGCAGCGCGCAAUCUCCUGGACAACAUCGUCAAGGCGGCUUGCCCUACCGACGAGGCCGGCGCGAUGCAAAUCGGUGCGCAGGAGAUCCGGAUGGGAUACCACACCACGGAUGACGAGUUCUUGCGCCAGGGUUCUAGCAGUGGCGCGAGCUGCGUCUCGGCGCUAAUUGCCCGGAACGAGCUCAUCGUCGCCAAUGCGGGGGAUUGCCGGGCGCUGCUCGUGAAAUCCGGCGGCGCGGCCAUCCAGCUCACGCAGGAUCAUCGAUUCAGCUCCGAGUCGGAGCGCCGGAGAGUAGAAAGUCUCGGUGGAAUCGUGGAUCGCUACACGGGGACGUGGAGGGUCCAGGGCGUGCUGGCAGUGUCGAGAGGAAUUGGAGACAUACAUUUGAAGGAAUUCAUCUCGUGCGAUCCACACGUGGUGAGCUUGCCGCUGACCAGCGACUGCGAGUUCCUCAUCUUGGCGUCCGAUGGACUCUGGGACCUGGUGUCAAACCAGGAAGCCGCGGAGUGCGCAUUGUUGGCCCUCAAGGUGGGAGCGAAGCGUGAAUCGAUCCAACUAGAUUCUCGUGGUGCUGCUUCAACUCCCGGAUUGUCGAGCUUAGGUGCUGCGUGCCGACGAUUGGUAGACCUGACACUCAAGCGAGGGUGCCUCGACGAUGUGACCGUCAUGAUCGUGGAGCUUGGGAAGUUCUCUACACCAGAGCGAAGCUCCUGACUGGAAACCUGACGACGAAGCUGGAAAUUUGUACAUUCAUUCUUUUUGUUUUCUCAUAACUUGACUGUAAUGUAAAUUCAAUGAAUUUCUAGAGCUUA